GAGAAUGUCUUGUUUGUGGCUUGUCAGCAAUUGCUUGAGACAAGCUUCCAUGUGUGAAAGCUACUUGGCAUGAAUGCCUGGGCCGUACCAAGUGUCACCGCAGCAAGAGGGGGAGUCAGAAGAAAAACAGAUCAGACCAGAGCAGACAAUAGGCCCCUAAAGUGUUCCCCCUAAGUUGCUUUGAUGUUGUCCUAGUGUCUUGAUACCAGGAGGCCAGGGAUUGCAGGAAAAGGGUCUUUUUUGUCUUCAUUCACUUUCCCCCCUCAGUUUCAGAAAUGAUUCUCCAGAAUUUCUCCUCAUAAAAAAGUAAUGUCUGCCAGCCCAGGAGUGGAAACAAAUGUAGGUACAUCUCAGCCUUAGGAAUUUCCAUUGCUGGGAUGAUGGGUGGUCAAGGAUUCCAAAAGGCAACGUGGCUAAUAAGAGCAACCUGGAUGCAAACCAUGGAGGACUGAAUGUGGGACUAGCUGGUGUUACUCCACUUUGACCUAAAAAUUCCUUUCUGUUUGGGAGGCAGAGAUCACUCUUGGAAAGUUCCUCUGUGUCCCAAUGUUAGAAGAGAGAGCAAAUUGGACAUCUUGAAAGGUGAGGGUCACCUUUGAGACAGGGGUUCCUGGACUCCGCAAGCUCCUCCCCUCCAGGAUGAGCACUGCUGUAUCGUGACCCUUGGGGUUUUGUGUGCCCUGGAGAUGCGAGAUUUUCCUUUGGCAGCAGGAGGCACACACCCAGAGAAUGCUGGAGCCGCAAGGGGACAGGACCCACUUCCACAGCGGAGAAAAACAAAGAGGAAAAAGGCGUGCAGGUGGCCAGCGCUAAGGGACUCACCCAACAAGCAGUGGGCCACUGCCGCUGUCCUCAGCAGCUGUUUCUGCUGCAGCCCGAGAGGAACUCGGUGA